GCUGCAAAGCAGGGAGGAGAUCGCGCCUGGCUGGCCGCGAGUAGCACAGUGCUGCUUGCCUGGGCUUCCCAAGAAGAGCAUCUCAUCUGGGCAUCUUCUCCUUAGGAACAUCCCCGACAGGUGUGAAAUGGCACAGGCAACCAUCUUCUCCAUCCAUCCGCGCGGGACCACGGUCAGUCCCCGGAGUCUUUCCCUGCCGCUGCCUGAGUCCAAACCGGGCAAGAAAGGGGUCCGCUUCCUUCCCCAACCGCUCGCCUGCCCCUAGCGUUGCGCGCUCGGAAGAGCAAGGAGCUCGGCGUCCGACUUUUCAAGUGGAAGAGGUGGGAAGGCGCAAGGGGGCGAAGCUCUUCCCAGCCAACGCCCCGCGCCCGGAUCAGGUCCUUAGAGGAGUUGGCCGCAAGUUGAAGGUCUUGGGAAGGCUGAGCUCCGAGAGCGGCGUCGGAAGGCGGAGCUGCCCUCGCCUUAAACCUCGGCGCAGGUCUUGGGAGCUGCCUUAGAGGGCUGGAGAGGAACACAGGAGGAGGGGGAGAGGAAAAACCCGUCGUGGAUUCAGGGUGAGACCAAAUAAAAGAUGCCGGGGCUGAAACCGUCCCUGAUCUACGCUUGGGAUAGGUCAGCGCGGGCUGUGUUGGCUCGCUGGAGAGAGAGAAAUGCACUCUGCACAUGAUCAGAGAAACAUUCCCUGGUUCCUUUUGAAUCACGUCGCGUUUGGCGAGGCUCUCUGCAGAAAGCAGGCUCCGGCGCCGCGCGCACGACGGCUCCCAAGAAAGCUGAACUUCGGGGCGGAGUUCGUGUUUUUUCAAUCGCGAGCCGGGCCACGUGCUCCGUAGAUCCCGGCGGAAAAAGAAACUGGCGGACGGACCGCGACGAGAACUACUUCUCCAAGGUCUGAUGAGCGGAGGUUGGGACUGCGAGAGCCCUCGACUGCGAGCGGGCGGUACUACUCGGGAGCAAGCCACCCACCCACCCGUCUCUGCCUCGGGUGAUCAUUGAACUCCAUCCAAGAGAGGCUCGCCGGCUCCACGGACGGGACCCCUGCGAUGCCCUCGUGGCCUUUCGCUUCGGCGCCCUGCUCUGCAACAGUCGCCGCCUCGGGGAGUCCUGGGGCUGCGCUCGCCGUCGAGGAUCGCGUGGUUCGUUGUUGCCGCCGCCGCCGCCUCCAGGCGCUGGGAACCGGCAGCCAGCCCGCCCGACGUGUUGCCUGCGGCGGAUCGAGUGAGAUGGGCCGCCGGGGGGCGCAGCGGUAGGGCGUCGGGCGGCGAUGGGGUGCCGCGGGGUGUGCUGCUGCCCCGCGCCCGGCCUGUACGCCUUCAACGAGGACAACGCCCGCUUCGCGCUCCUGGCCGUCCUGAUCGUCUCGUACCUGCUGUGCGGCGCCGCCGUCUUCUCCGCCCUCGAGCGGCCCACGGAGCUGCGAGCGCAGGAGAAGUGGCUGGAGAGGCUGGAGAACUUCUCGCUCAGGUUCAACCUCACGCCGGCCGAGCUGCAGGAGCUGCUGCGCGAGUACGAGGGCGCCUACGUGGCCGGCAUUCGAAUCAACAACACCCUGCCCCGGUGGGAUUUCCCGGGGGCUUUUUAUUUCGUGAGCACCGUGGUCUCCACCAUAGGUUUCGGCAUGACCACACCGGCCACUGUCACAGGCAAGCUUUUCCUGAUAUUCUAUGGCCUUAUAGGCUGUGCAGGGACCAUUUUGUUCUUCAACUUGUUCCUGGAGCGCUUGAUCACCAUCAUAGCCUAUGUCAUGAAGUCCUGCCGCGAGAGACAACUAAGGCGGAGGGGGGGCCUUGCCCAAGACAGCCAUCACACUCCUGGGACCGCCGAAGUGGACAGCUUGGCAGGAUGGAAGCCGUCCGUAUAUUACGUCAUGCUUAUCUUGUGCAUUGCGUCCGUCAUUGUUUCCUGUUGUGCCUCUGCUCUGUACUCUCCCAUGGAAGGGUGGACGUAUUUGGACUCGCUUUAUUUUUGCUUUGUGGCCUUCAGCACCAUUGGUUUUGGCGACCUGGUGAGUGGCCAGAACACCCACUAUGAGAACCGAGGCCUUUACCAAUUUGGCAAUUUCCUGUUCGUACUCAUGGGGGUUUGUUGCAUCUACUCCCUCUUUAACGUGAUCUCCAUUGUCAUCAAACAGUCUGUGAAUUGGAUAUUAAGGAAACUGGACAGCACGUGCCAUAGGUGCCAAAGAAAACUCUUCCGGUCACGAAGGAAUGUUGUGGUGCCGGGAGUUGCCCGGAACCAACGCAACAUAUCCAUCGAGUCGGAUGGUGUCCUCGAGAGCGAGGCAGAUGGGCGCAGGCUGUCCGGCGAGAUGAUCUCAAUGAAAGACCUCUUAGCGUCUAACAAAGUGUCACUGGCCAUCAUGCAAAAACAGUUGUCCGACAGUGCCAAUGGCUGCCCCAGAGCAAGCAUCGCUUCUAGACAAAACGGUUUUGCUGGCGGCGUAGGCGCUUUGGGCAUUAUGAACAACAGGCUGGCAGAGACCAGUACGGAUAGAGACAUCCACGCUGGGAGGGGAUCACUGGGUAACAGAUAAUGAAGGGUCAAAAGUCAUCACAGAGACAGAACUAACUGAGUGGGCCACCUCUUGAGAAGAGGUGCCUUUAGUGUUGUUGCUGGCAGUUCGGACCUCUUGCAUUUUGCACUGCGCCACCGAUCCACCCUUGCCCUGCAGACCCUGCCAAAGAACAUCCCAGUGGUGUCAUGUAGUGUAGCUGCAAUUAACAAGCUUCUUCAGCAUGUAUUUAAGUUUAGGUCUGAGUUCGGAGCAAGGGGAAAUGGAGAGAAAACAUGCAGAUGCGUUGCUCCCUUUGUUUUGGCUGGCACCUCAGUCCUGUAAAUGCUCAGAAGAGCAAGCAGUUUAAGCUGCAGUAGUAGUCACAAUCCAGAGAUGUUGUGCACCAGAAAGUGCGGUACAAGAACAACUGUGUGUGUCGGAAGGUGCAGGAAGCAACCGCUUAGGUGGAUAGCUGAAUAGCCCAGCAGUGACUCAUCUGUGGUUUUCAGAUGCUGUUGGACUCCAAUUCCCAUCAGCCCCAGCUGAUCCCUGUGGUCAGGGAUGAUGGGAGUUGUAGUCCAUCAACAUCUGGAGAACACCAGGUUAGGGCUUCCCCCCCCCCGAAAUAGCCACUUGCCUUUGAUUUCACUAGUGAACAGUCAUUCCCUACUGGGUCCAAGAGUGACUAGCUCACCUGAGUAGUUUGCUCCAUUUGGAGAUGGAAAGUGGAUCUCUUCUCCCUCAGCUGCCCAGACCAUUUAUCUUUCUGCAUGCAUUGGAAUCCUACACUGUGUGGCAUGUGUGGAAGACAUAAUCUGGAGAUCUGCAUGCAGUGGUAUCAUGUGUGGGUUUGUGUGCAAAAAAAGAAGUUUUAUUGCACAUUUUAGGAUCAGUGCUAUUUUUCUAGAAAAAGAGGUGCCAGAACUCACCAUUAUCACAUCCCUUGUUCUCUUAGAAUGGCAAUGGUGCCCACCUGAGAGGUGGCAGAACUGAGUUCUGGCUGGAAAAAAAAAGCCCUGUUUAGGAUCACAUGUAUCUGAUAGCAAAACUUUGCCUCACAAGGAAAAAUAUUCUACCACUGAGAGCCAGUGUGGUGUAGUGGUUAAGAGCAAUAGACUCGUAAUCUGGUGAACCAGCUUCGCGUCUCCGCUCCUCCACAUGCAGCUGCU